AUGAUCAAUGAUCAUAUGAUUAUUUUAUGCUUUCUUUCCCUGCUGACGUACCCUGUGUUCAUGUCCACCAGUGACCUGUGCCAAGCACUACUCGGUCACUAUUGUUCAAAGAAAGGCAGGAUGAAAGAGGAGGGGAGAGACACUCUGCUUAGGAAACGAAAAGUGCUGCACCUGCUGUCCCAGUGGAGCUCGCUGUGCACAGACCUGCCCUGGGACGACGAGCACGCCAAACUAUUCCUCAAGACUCUGUACAGAUACGUUCUGGAUGAUCUCUAUGAGUUUCCCUUGCUGGAGAAGGAUCUGAAAGAACUUCAGAAACUUCUACGGAUGCAAAGGAGACACACGGUAGAUGAAUACUCUCCACAAAGGAAGAAUAAAGCUCUCUUCCACCAGCUGAGUCUGAAGGAGAACUGGCACCCUGUGAGAGGAGCUCAGAGGGAGAGGAAGGAAGUGCUGUGUCGUGUGUACGUGACCAUAGACUCAUACAUGAGUGUGAGGACCCAUAGCGAGGUGUCUGUGCAGGAACUGCUGAGCACUGUGGCUGAAAGGCUCGACUGUCCUGAAAACGACAUGGUGUUGAUGGCUGUCACGUAUCCUGGAGAGAAGGUUCUGCUUCAGUCAGAUCAGUGUGUGUUCUCGUCUUCACUCAGUGCCGCUGAGAGGCUGCAUGUCUGCAGAAGAGACCUGACUGAGAUCAUGAGUUCCUUCACUGAUAACAGGCAGCAGCGCUCCGUAAAGAUGCUGAGCAUGAACACGUGGGAUGUAGCCUUGUCACUCACCAACUGUGACUGGAGUCUCUUUAGUAUCGUGCAUGAGCAAGAGCUGGUAUACUUUACUCUGAGCCGAGACGCGAGCGCCGGUCACACGAUGGCGCUGGAGCAGCUGUUGCAGCGCUGUAAUGAGACUCAGCAGUGGGUGAUGACCGAAGUGCUCCUGUGCCCAACUCUCUGCAAACGUGUGCAGCUCUUCAAGAAAUUCAUCAAGAUCGCAGCACACUGUAAAGCACAGAGGAACCUGAACUCAUUCUUUGCCAUUAUUAUGGGACUGAACAGUCCUGCUGUCAGUCGACUCGCUCAGACGUGGGAGAAAGUCCCUGGGAAGUUCAGGAAGUUGUUCUCCGAGCUGGAGAGCUUGACGGACCCUUCUUUAAACCACAAAGCCUACAGAGAUGCCUUCAGGAAGAUGAAGUCUCCCAAGAUCCCUUUCCUGCCUCUGCUUCUGAAAGAUAUUACCUUCAUUCAUGAGGGCAACAAAACAUUUCUCGACAACCUAGUCAACUUUGAUAAACUACACAUGAUAGCAGACACAGUGCGCAUUAUCAGGCAGUGUCGGACAGAUCACAUGGGAAACAUGUUGUCCCAGAAGGACAGCGUGGAAGUGAGAACGUACAUCAAUUACCUGCACGUCAUCGACAAUCAACAGGCUCUGUUUGAGCUCUCACACAGACUUGAGCCCAGGAUAUAAAACUACUGGAUAUAUCCUAAAUCCACUACUGAAGACAGGACAGCAUCCUUCCUCUAACUGAAGACUGUGAUGAGUGAGUCCUCCACUAGGGGGAGACACACUCACACAAACCAAUUAGUCCAAUUAGUCUGAAAUUUGAGCUACAUGCACAAAUCACAAAACUAUGUGAUGCCUUUUUAGAUCAUGGCCAACAAACAGUUUGUAGACAAUCAGAAAAAUAUCCCAAGGUAGCACACUGUAUUUUAGGUGCAGAAUUGCAGCCAGAAGCAAGACGUAGUCUAGUCUAGACUCUAGAUUAACGCGACUGUUAGUUGAACUUGCAUAAACUGUAAGGACAUCUUAAAAUAAUGUAUAUCUUUGAGGGGAAAAAAUUAUCUGUGCAAUUUAUUUAGCAGAUUUUCACAUAAAUAAUUGGUUUUAAAUUAUGGAUGUAUUUUAUUGGAAAGGGCCUACUGAAAAUAACGGAGCAAUGGUUCUUACACUAGAUGGUGCUUGAAAAAAGCAAAUGUGUAGAUUUCUAGUAUAAGUUGUACUUGGAGACAUUGAGAUAUUUAUUACACAACAAGCUUGUCCCUGAUUCAGAAGGGAAAACAAAACAGGUUUUAAAUACAAAGAAAAGAUGUAAUUUACUGAAAAUGUGAUCAGAUGGUCUGAAGGAUUUGGUAACGCCAUUGAUUGACCAGUCUGAUAAUGCCUGUGAGGUUCACAUGUGAACUCUGUAAAUACUAAGACUUCUUUUUUUUUUAUUUUUAUAAAUAAGAAAACAGGCCAUACAGCAAUAGCAAGGUGUACAUCUCACCUUCAGAAAAAAAAUAUGUUAGCAGUGAUUGACUGUAGCUGCUAUUUGCACUAGUUUUCUUCACUAAGAGCCUGACAUAAAAAAAAAAAAAUAAUAAAUUCUCAGUCUUUUUUUCAUGUGCAAAUCCAUCUUUUGCUUAAUAUUUUAC